AUGUCGGGCCAUCCUCAAGACCACUACGACGAUGGCUAUGGCCAUGAACAUCAAGCCACAGAUUCAUAUUAUCAGGACGAGCACAAUCAAGGCUAUUACGACCAGCAGGAAUAUCCGCAGCAUGGCGAGCCGCCGCAAGACUAUGGACACCAGCAGCAAGGAAAUGGGAAUGGGAAUGGCGGCUACUAUGACGAGUCGGGAUACUACAAUGCCGAUGCCACCAACCAAUUCCAACAGGACGGCGGCUACUACGAAGGUCAUCAGCAAGGCUACCAAGACGAGUACUACAACGAUCAAUACUACGACCAAGGAACGCCAGCUGCAGGGCAGCAACCCCAGUAUGGUCAGGGCGGCUAUGGAGCCAAACCAAAGCGCCGUGGUCACGAUUCAGAAGAAGACUCGGAGACCUUCAGCGACUUCACAAUGAGGUCCGACAUGGCUCGGGCUGCUGAAAUGGACUACUAUGGCCGUGGCGAUGAGCGUUACAACAGCUACAAUGAGGGUCAAGGCGGAGGGCGUACGUAUCGACCUGCCUCAUCACAGAUCUCGUAUGGAGGCAACCGCUCGUCUGGAGCGUCAACUCCUAUUUAUGGAAUGGACUACGGCAAUGCGCUGCCUGCCGGUCAAAGAUCUCGCGAGCCAUAUCCUGCUUGGACUUCGGACGCUCAAAUCCCUGUCUCAAAGGAGGAAGUUGAAGACAUAUUCAUGGACUUGACUGCCAAAUUCGGUUUCCAGCGUGACAGCAUGAGGAACAUGUAUGAUCAUUUCAUGACUCUACUUGAUUCUCGUGCGUCUCGUAUGACGCCAAACCAAGCUUUGCUGUCUCUCCACGCCGACUACAUUGGUGGCGACAAUGCCAAUUACCGGCGUUGGUACUUUGCGGCACAUCUAGAUCUGGACGAUGCAGUUGGAUUCGCAAACAUGAAACUUGGCAAGGCUAACCGACGGACUCGCAAAGCACGGAAGGCAGCGAAGAAAGCAGCCUCGAAGGAACCUGAGAAUGAGGACCAGACGCUCGAGAGCCUCGAGGGCGAUAACAGUCUGGAGGCUGCAGAGUACCGAUGGAAGACACGCAUGAACCGUAUGUCACAGCACGAUCGUGUCCGGCAAGUGGCUUUAUAUCUGCUUUGCUGGGGUGAAGCCAAUCAGGUCCGCUUUAUGCCCGAAUGUCUGUGCUUUAUCUACAAGUGUGCCCUCGACUAUCUUGCGACUCCCGAAUGUCAAAAUCGAGUGGAACCAAUUGAGGAGUUCACCUACCUCAAUACUGUUAUUACCCCAUUGUACCAGUACUGCCGAGAUCAAGGGUACGAGAUUCUGGAUGGCAAGUAUGUCCGACGGGAGAAAGAUCACAGCAGCGUCAUCGGUUACGAUGACAUCAACCAACUUUUCUGGUAUCCUGAAGGCAUUGAAAGGAUCGUUAUGGAAGACAAGACCAGACUCGUGGAUUUCCCAGCCGGGGAGCGCUAUCUCAAGCUCAGCCAGGUGACGUGGAAGAAGGUGUUCUUCAAGACUUACAAGGAAACAAGAUCUUGGUUCCACUUACUCGUCAAUUUCAAUCGCAUCUGGGUCAUCCAUCUGACCGCUUUCUGGUUCUACACUUCCCACAACUCGCCAACAUUUUAUACCAAGCACUACCAACAGCAACUAAACAAUCCACCGAAGCCUGCAGCUAAUUGGUCCGCUGUUGCACUCGGAGGUACACUUGCUUCUUUGAUCAUGAUCCUUGCUACCGUCGCUGAAUGGAUGUACGUUCCGCGUCGAUGGGCUGGCGCGCAGCAUCUGACAAAGCGUCUGUUUUUCCUGAUCGGCAUCUUCGUCAUUAACAUCGCGCCCAGUGUUUACAUCUUCGGCGUCAGCGACUCAACUAAGAUCGCCCAUAUCCUCGGUGUUAUUCAGUUCUUCGUCGCCCUUGCAACGUUCGUCUUCUUCGCCUUCAUGCCACUUGGUGGCCUGUUUGGUAGCUACAUGAAGAAAAACUCCCGGCAAUACGUGGCGAGUCAGACCUUCACGGCAAGCUUUCCUCACCUAAAGGGCAAUGACAUGUGGAUGUCUUAUGGUCUCUGGGUUCUGGUGUUCACAGCCAAACUCUCUGAGUCCUACUUCUUCCUGACAUUGUCGUUCCGUGACCCUAUUCGCAUUCUGUCCGAGAUGAAGAUCAGCAGAUGCGUGGGUGAUAAAAUCAUUGGCGACGUUCUGUGCAAACAGCAACCAAGGAUCACGCUCGGUCUUAUGUUUGUCACUGACAUCUGUCUGUUCUUCCUCGACACAUAUCUUUGGUACAUCAUCUUCAAUUGUGUAUUCUCCGUGGCUCGGUCUUUUUACCUAGGUGUUUCCAUCUGGACUCCUUGGAGAAACAUCUUUUCUCGCCUGCCAAAACGAGUCUACUCUAAGAUCCUUGCAACGACCGACAUGGAAAUCAAAUACAAGCCUAAGGUGCUGAUAUCUCAGAUCUGGAACGCCAUAGUGAUCUCCAUGUAUCGAGAGCACCUCCUGGCCAUCGAUCAUGUCCAAAAGCUGCUUUACCACCAGGUGCCUUCGGAACAGGAAGGCAAGAGGACCUUACGUGCACCGACAUUCUUUGUGUCUCAAGAGGACCAUUCAUUCAAGACGGAAUUCUUUCCAACACAGAGCGAGGCCGAACGCCGCAUCUCAUUCUUUGCCCAAUCGCUGUCCACGCCCAUCCCGGAGCCGUUGCCCGUUGAUAACAUGCCAACUUUCACCGUGCUGAUUCCCCACUACGGUGAGAAGAUCCUUCUUUCUCUGCGGGAAAUUAUCCGCGAAGACGAGCCCUACUCAAGAGUGACUCUACUCGAAUACCUCAAGCAGUUGCAUCCCCACGAAUGGGACUGUUUCGUCAAGGACACCAAGAUUCUAGCUGAUGAGACAUCUCAAUUCAACGGAGACUAUGAGAAAUCCGAGAAGGAUACUGCUAAGAGCAAGAUUGACGAUCUUCCCUUCUACUGCAUCGGUUUCAAAUCGGCUGCUCCGGAGUAUACCCUGCGGACCCGGAUCUGGGCUUCAUUGCGCUCUCAAACGCUUUACCGUACAAUCUCUGGAUUCAUGAACUACAGCCGUGCAAUCAAACUACUUUACCGUGUCGAAAAUCCCGAGGUCGUGCAAAUGUUUGGAGGCAAUUCGGAAAAACUAGAGCGCGAAUUGGAGCGCAUGGCUCGCCGAAAGUUCAAGAUCGUUGUUUCUAUGCAGCGAUAUGCCAAGUUCAACAAGGAAGAGCGCGAGAACACGGAGUUCCUCCUCAGAGCCUACCCUGACCUGCAAAUUGCGUAUCUUGACGAGGAACCUCCUGUCAAUGAAGGUGAAGAGCCGCGUCUCUACUCGGCUUUGAUUGACGGCCACUCUGAGCUCAUGGACAAUGGCAUGCGUCGUCCCAAGUUUCGGAUACAGCUGUCUGGCAACCCAAUCCUGGGAGACGGCAAAUCGGACAACCAAAAUCAUGCACUAAUAUUUUAUCGCGGAGAAUACAUUCAGUUGAUCGACGCUAAUCAAGACAACUAUCUCGAAGAAUGUUUGAAGAUCCGUAGUGUGCUUGCUGAGUUCGAAGAGAUGACCACUGACAACGUCUCCCCAUACUCCCCCGGUGUGCCAGCUAGCGAUGUCGCCCCUGUUGCUAUCCUUGGUGCUCGUGAAUACAUCUUUUCCGAGAACAUUGGUAUCUUAGGAGAUGUCGCUGCCGGAAAGGAACAGACUUUCGGUACUCUUUUCUCGCGAACUCUGGCCCAGAUUGGUGGAAAAUUGCAUUACGGUCACCCCGAUUUCCUCAAUGGUAUCUUUAUGAGUACUCGGGGUGGUGUCUCCAAGGCGCAAAAAGGCCUGCACCUAAACGAAGAUAUUUACGCUGGUAUGAAUGCUCUGCUUCGGGGUGGGCGCAUAAAGCACUGUGAAUAUUACCAAUGUGGAAAGGGUCGUGAUCUUGGGUUUGGAUCCAUCUUGAACUUCACAACAAAGAUCGGUACUGGUAUGGGCGAGCAAAUGCUCUCCAGGGAGUACUAUUACCUUGGCACUCAGCUUCCGCUGGACCGAUUCCUCUCGUUCUACUACGCCCAUCCUGGUUUCCACAUCAACAAUCUGUUCAUCAUCUCAUCGCUUCAGAUGUUCAUGAUCUGUUUGAUUAACAUCGGAGCUCUCCGCCACGAAACCAUCAUUUGCAGGUACGACAGGAAUAAGCCUAUCACUGAUCCUUUGAAGCCCACCGGAUGCGCCAACCUUGUUCCCAUCCUCGACUGGGUGUACCGCUGCGUUGUCUCCAUUUUCAUCGUGUUUUUCAUCUCGUUCAUACCUCUCAUUGUACAGGAGCUUACAGAACGAGGAUUUUGGCGUGCAGCUACUCGGUUGUCCAAACACUUCUCAUCCUUCUCGCCUCUGUUCGAAGUGUUUGUUUGCCAGAUCUACGCCAGCUCCCUCAGUCAGGACCUUUCUUACGGCGGUGCGCGCUACAUAGGAACCGGCCGUGGAUUUGCAACCGCUCGCAUUCCCUUCGGCGUCCUAUACUCGAGAUUCGCUGGUCCCUCAAUCUACUUAGGUUCGCGACUCUUAAUGAUGUUGCUAUUCGCCACCUUGACCAUCUGGGGAAUUGAGCUGAUAUACUUCUGGGUGUCCUUACUCGCCUUCUGCGUCUGUCCCUUCCUCUUCAACCCUCACCAGUUUUCGUGGAACGACUUCUUCAUUGACUACCGUGACUUCCUAAGAUGGCUGUCUCGCGGCAAUUCCAGAUCUCAUGCAUCCUCGUGGAUUGCCUUUUGCCGCCUAUCGCGAACUCGUCUCACUGGUUACAAGCGAAAAGCACUCGGAGAACCAUCAUCGAAGCUCUCUGGCGACGCACCACGUGCUCAUUUCACCAACAUUUUCUUCAGUGAAAUCAUCAGUCCAUUGCUACUUGUGGGCUCAACGCUGAUUCCUUACCUUUUCAUUAACGCACAAACUGGCGUUAAAGACACUACGGCCACCAAUUCCCUGAUUCGGGUCGCCGCUGUUGCGUUUGCGCCAAUCGCAAUAAACGCUGGAGUCUUGGCAGGUCUUUUUGGAAUGGCUUGCUGCAUGGGACCCCUCCUCAGCAUGUGCUGCAAAAAGUUUGGAUCAGUCCUCGCUGCCAUUGCUCAUGGUAUAGCUGUCAUCGUGCUUCUCGCUUUCUUUGAAGUCAUGUUCUUCCUCGAGGGAUUUGUAUUCGCGAAGGCGCUGCUUGGCAUGAUUGCAGUCGUUGCGCUCCAGAGAUUCAUCCUGAAGCUAAUAAUUGCCCUUGCUCUUACUCGUGAGUUCAAGUCCGAUUCUUCGAACAUUGCUUGGUGGACUGGGAAAUGGUACAAUAUGGGAUGGCACUCGCUCUCUCAGCCUGGGAGAGAAUUUCUCUGCAAGAUCACCGAACUCGGCCUCUUUGCAGCAGACUUUAUCCUUGGGCACCUACUCCUCUUCAUAAUGCUUCCGGUCAUUGCAUUGCCGUACAUCGACAAAAUCCACUCCGUCAUGCUUUUCUGGCUUCGACCAAGUCGUCAAAUCCGACCUCCAAUCUACUCACUAAAGCAAUCGAAGCUACGCAAGCGUAGAGUCAUCCGCUUCGCCAUGCUCUACUUCUUCAUGUUCAUCAUAUUCAUGGCUUUGAUCGUCGGACCAAUUGUCGCUGGGAAGUACCUCGGCAACCUGAGUAUUCCCCUGCAACUCAUGCAACCCACUGGCCUCAACAACAAUGACACCAGUAACCGAGUGACGGGCUCUGCCCUCAACGGGCUGGGUGCCGCGGCGAGUGCGAGUGCAAGUGCAGCGGCAACAUCUUCGUCAUCCUCGUAA